AAAUCACUUGAACUGCCUUUAAUUAUUCACACACCAAAAGAAAAGAAAAAGAGAGUUUUCUUAGCAAAAAAAUUCAGUAGUCUGUGAGAAUGGCCACAAUGCCCACCCCUGGAGGAACUACCCCCGAUUUUGAUGAUCUCGCUCGUUUUGCUGUUGAUGAAUACAACGGGCAAAGGCGUCAACCAGUUCUGAAAUAUGAGAAGGUAAUCUGUGCGAAACGGGGAAACGUGUUUGCAGGGUCCACGUACUAUAUAAUCCUGGAGGCGUCCAAGCCCGAUUCCAUGUCCAAGCCCGUACCCAAUGCCAUGUGUGCAGGGACGGUGUGGAUCACCACGCUCACGCCAGAUAACCCCAAGAUGUUGCUGGAUUUCGAGAUAUAUGAAUAUAAUCUUACUAAAAAAGCCAUGUGAUUGGACUCCUAUAGCAGCAGUUAACUCGUAAAAUAAAUAAAGCAGUAUUGCUAAUGUUAAAUGUUUGAAUAAACUACGAGUGUAUGGUAUCGUGAGAAGCAAUAUUAUGAAUAUAAGUCCAAGUAUUGUUACCCAAAAACUUAAUGCUAUGAACUAUCAAUUUACUUAAACCU